ACGGCAAAACAGUUGGCUUAGGGUGAAGGCGAGUUGAUUUUCCUCCACAGCGCAGUUUCUCCACAGCGCCCCGGACCCCCUGAGCUCUUCUCGGUGGGAUUUUGUGCUCUAAGACUCGGACAGCUGUGCGGCCGGUGCGACUCGGUGGUCUGCGGAGAGGCUGUCUGCCGCCCCGCGCGCUCCGUUUCUCCGUCGGCUAGCUUGGUUAGCCGUUAGCGUUGCUAUGGUAGCUAGCGCGGCUAACCCAACACCAACUUAGCCAGCGAGCCAACUUCCACCGCCUGUAGGACGAGCGGAGGAGAGAAGGCGGGGUUUAACCGCGUUUAGACCCGCGAGUGGACGUGAAGUGGGUUUAUCUGGGUCAGAGAUACGAAGAAAGUCAGACUUUCUGUCAGUUUUGCGGUCUGUUCCGCCGCUAACGUUAGCUUUAGCCGAGCGUGUGUUCAGUCACGUCGCUUCAGCCGCCGGAGCUUUAGCCCGUUAGUGGACAGGGAGGGAGGAGGGGCUGUAACGGCGGCGUGGGCUCCUGAAACCGCCUUAACGCAGCGUUAAACGGGGGCUUUGGGCGCCUAACGGCACCUGAAACGAGGUAACGGGCUGGAAUAUAACGUUACUCUAACACGGGGUUUAGUACCUGUUUAUGUGACAUAAAUGUGACUUUGGGUCGUAACGUAGUGUAACACGGGCGUUUAGUACCUCUUUAUGUGACAUACGUGUGACUUUGGGCCGUAACGUAGUGUAACACGGGCGUUUAGUACCUGUUUAUGUGACAUAAAUGUGAUUUUGGGCCGUAAAGUAGUGUAACACGGGCGUUUAGUACCUGUUUAUGUGACAUAAAUGUGACUUUGGGCCGUAAAGUAGUGUAACACGGGCGUUUAGUACCUGUUUAUGUGACAUACGUGUGACUUUGGGCCGUAACGUAGUGUAACACGGGCGUUUAGAACCUGUUUAUGUGACAUAAAUGUGAUUUUGGGCCGUAACGUAGUGUAACACGGGCGUUUAUGUGACAUGAAUGUGAUUUUGGACUGUAACGUAGUGUAACGCAGGCGUUUAGUACCUGUUUGUGUGACAUAAAUGUGACUUUCGACUGGGCACAUGGGCUUUUAGUACUGUUUAUAUGGCUAAAGGUGAUUCUGGACUGUAUUAAAGUGCACUAUGGGCACCUGAAGCACAGUUUUUCCGGCAUAAAGGCGACGUUUAUUUGGUGUUGCUCUGACUGGAGAAUGAAAAUGUCUGCGGGCGGCUUCACGGAUCUGAGGGAGAAGCUGAAGGCCAUGACGCCGCACCGGGAGGAGCAGAGGAGCGGCGGGGAGAAGCGCCGGCGGAGGCCCCCUUCAGAUGAGGAGGAUGAGGAGGAGGAAGAGGUGACAGCGCGCGAGUUGGAGGCGCGCAAGGUGAAGCGCGGCAUCGCGCAGGCGCGCGUGUUCACUCCAGAGGAGUGCGCACACAUCGAGGCCAAGAUCGACGAGGUGGUCGCGCGUGCCGAGCGUGGGCUGUACCGCGAACACACGGUGGACCGCGCGCCGCUGCGCAACAAGUACUUCUUCGGUGAGGGCUACACGUACGGGCCCCGGCUGGAGCGGCGCGGGCCUGGCCAGGAGCGCCUCUACUCCAAGGGCGAGGUGGACGAGAUCCCCGCCUGGGUGCACGAGCUGGUCAUCAGCCGCCUGGUGGCGCGUGGGCUCAUCCCGGAGGGCUUCGUGGACAGCGCUGUGAUCAACGACUACCAGCCGGGCGGCUGCAUUGUCUCGCACGUGGACCCCAUCCACAUCUUCGAGCGGCCCAUUGUCUCUGUGUCUUUCUUCAGCGACAGCGCACUCUGCUUCGGCUGCAAGUUCCAGUUCCGGCCCAUCCGUGUGUCCGAGCCCGUGUUGUGUGUGCCCGUGCGCCGUGGGAGUGUCACCGUGCUCAGUGGCUACGCUGCCGAUGACAUCACGCACUGCAUCCGGCCUCAGGAUAUUAAAGAGCGGAGAGCGGUCAUCAUCCUCAGAAAGACAAGGCCAAACGCUCCUCGUCUGGACACAAAUCCUUUGAGUCCCUCCAUCACCCUACCUUCAGAGAGACGGCACAAGCUCAAAGCGAAACGCUCGCACCGCAAAGCCGACCCAGACGCCGCACACAGGCCUCGCAUACUAGAGAUGGACAAAGAACAGCAGAGGCUUUCUCUCUUUUCGCGGCAGGAUCGUCGCGGCAACGCCGGCUCCGAGAACUCCUGGAGGAGGGUGGACGCCGCCUCGCUCUACAAACACACCCACCACACGCACACUGACGCACCUUCCCGCCAGGUCAAGAUGAGACGCCACUGAGGAGCUUUCACAUCGUCAGUGAACGAAGUCGAGAUCUCUGUAACUGCGGAACGGCUUCCUUCAGUGGCCGACCUUGAAGCUUCUCUAGGGGACUUGUUCUUUCAGCCUUUACAGCUGCUCUUCUGGGCUCAGUUCUUCUUGAGUAAAGGCGGUAAAUGAGGGCGACUCGUUCAGCAGGCUACGGUGGACAAAGCAGUAUUAAAAAAAACACUCAGCGUAGACAUAUCGAAGCAGGGACCCCAGACCAUUGAAUGAGUGCUUACCAAUCGGUUACUGGUACGGAAAGAAUGGCGAAAGUGUGUCGUUUUACUUCAGUGAGUGUGAAGGUGUGUUCUUAUUUAUGUCUUCUUUGGAAAAAGGCGUUAAUCUAACAGAACCUUUACUCAGUGCUUCAGAGAUUCGGUUUGCCAGCAGUCUUAGCCCUCUUAUUGUACUGUUGGUCAUUAAAAACGUCUGCAGCAACACAAUCAGAAAAGGAAAAAAAAUCUGUUUAAAAAAACACUUGUGUUGAUAUUGGACUGCUAAAUGUUGUUUAAUUCUCGCUGCUCUUCUUAAUACUGGCACCUUAGAAUAAUACAAAACCUGACGCAGGAUCGGUGACGAUGUUGCGUCAGUGUUGGACCUACUCAUAGUUUAUCUCUAGCCAUGAGAAUGUAGAAGGGCAAGUUUCGCUGUUCAGCGUCGUCUGUUAGGCAUGCAUAAACGCCGUGGGGGGAAUAAAGACGUAAUUCAAAAGCAUGACUGUGGUUUGAAGGCAUUUAAAUGAAAUUACACUGAGCACCUUGGUUUUAGCUCAGUUCCAGUUCAGACUCCCACUGAAGUGACCCUGUAGAAAUGGACGUGAACUUCGUCCCCAUCCAGGGGAUAAACGUGGAUUGACAGGGGAAAUUAACCCUUUCUUUGAGAUCGGUCCGACAUAUGCAAAGGUUUGCCUCUAAAACAUGAGACUGAGGCUGUGGCUGAAAUGGAUUCCUGUUGCCCCCAGAUUGGGAAGAGCUGUUCAGUUUACUAGAUGGUGGUUAAAACGUAUGAAUUCGGACACCACCAGCCUGCAGCAGUGUUCACCAGUCGCAUAAACAAACCCACAGUUGCUCGCGAGGCUGAAGUUGCCAUCUUUAGCGAAGCUGUAGACGUGGACGUGAUGUUUGGGAAGUGCUUGACUAGGCUACACGUUCACUUCUUGGUCCAUGUCUGCACCUUCAGUUCACCUUCAGUGUUUUUGCUGUAGGCUGAGCAGCUUUAGGGUCUUUGUUUUUAGCUGUUCAGAGCUGCUGUUUUUUCCGGAGAGUCGAGAGAGUCUGACGAGUUUCACUGGCUCAGCAGCCUCUGUUAAUGCAGUGUAACAAGACUCGCAAUGUAUAUUGGUACAUAUCCAGCUUUGGUGUUUUCUCGAAAUUUUGAGUGCACUGUGGUAAAUUGUAGUGCCUCAAAAUCACUCUGAGAGAAAGAUCGGCCGCUCAGUAGGGCUGAACGGUUUAAGGAAAAUACCUAAUCGCGAUUUUUCCAACUAAUAUUGCAACUGCAGUUUAAAUUGUGGUUAUUUAUUCUUUUUUUAUAUAAAUUGAGAUUCAGGCCUGAUUUAUUUGGAGCAAGAAGACCAGAAUAUCCACCUUUUCUGGCUUGAGGCUCGACCCCUGAACGGUCAGACUGCCGGUAAGCUGUGGUUGUGAUGUCACAACACAUGGAGGUUUGGUAGCCUCUGAUUGGUCAAACUCACCUACAGGCAUUUCAACUGUUAUUGGGUUCAGUUUCCCCUCUUAAAACUUAAAAGUGUUUUUGAUAAUGUUCACACUUCAAAAAGAAGGUUCUUCAAGGGUUCUUUAGUAAAGACAGUGCUUCUAUAUAGAACAAUGAACAAACAAAGACCCAUUUUCAGGCUUAAAGGGGUCUUUUCAUGGUGAAGUGGUUCUUCAGAUUGGUGGAAAAUGUGUUCUAUAUAGAACCUUUUUGAAGCUUGACAUUGUAACAAUAGCAAAACUGUUUUUGGUGCUAUAUAGAACCUACACAUUCUCCAUCAAUCCGAAGAACGAUUUCACCAUGCAGAGAACCCUUUAAGCCUGCAAAUGAGUCUUUGGUUGGUUAUUGUUCCAUAUAGAACCACUGUCUUUACUAAAGAAUCGCGUUCUCUUAAAUUGCGAUUUACAAAAACGAUUGAUCUUUCAGCCCUGCAGCUCACUGGUGCCCUAAAGUGCAAAAAGGAAUCCAUUUCAGUCACAGUUAAUGUGUUAGUGCCUCACUUGGGUUCGGCGUUGCUUGCAUGUCUAUUUAUUUCCGUUAUGUUUGCCGUUUAUUUUUGAUUUUGCUUUAGAACCUUUGCUUUCUUUUUCCACCAUUGGGUAGCUUUGGAAACUGCAUGGUGGCAGUCCAGUAUCAGAGAAAUGGUGGUAUCGGAGAUGGAGGACGUACCUCGCUGUUGGUGGUGCAUCUGUAUGAGGUUUCAGUUGAAGAGGAAUUCCAUUGAUUUUACAAAACGUCUUUAAGGCUGUGUUCACACAGCAGGUGAAAGUGGCCCAAAUCUGAUUUUCUCACCAAAUCCGAUUUUUUCGUUUGGCUGUUCACAUUAUCUUUUAAAUGUGACCUGUAUGUGACAUCAGUCUGAACAGAUCAGCUCCUAAACCGACCCGCAUGCGCAAAAGAACAGAGCUUCACAUGGCGGCUCGUCCAGAGGUGAACAAUCAUGACGGGCAGUGAACGCCAGUCGCUCCCGGAGCUUCAGCUUCAUCUUCGCCAGCAUCACAGGAGCGAUUAUGAAGUUCCAAUGAUUGA